GUCAGCGUCACCAAGAUCAAAACCAGAAGGUAGCAGCAGCAGGGGAGGAAGAAGAAAGGGAAAAAAGCAGGGGGUUGGGGCGGAGAACCAGAUCCUCCGUUUAAACGGCCGGUACAACCGCUCUCUCCCUACGCCAACUCCACCUCCACCAACCUCUCUCCCUCUCUCUCUCUCUUCUUAACUUCGCUUUCACUUCCCUUCUUCGUCUUCUUCAUCUGCGAUCCUCUGCAUCCAGAAAAUUUUCCUGCUCACCAAACAGAAUUCUCUCUCUAUCUCUCUCCCUGCAGAACGCCGCUGUUUGUUCGAGAUAAGGAAACGCUAAAUUCACGCGGCCCCUUCUCCUCUCUCUCUCUUCCUCACUGGUGCUAUAAAUUCAAUUUCCCUGAUUCUUCGCCGUCAGGGAAGGAUCCCGUAAUCCGGUAAGCUUCUUCUCCUACUGUUUUUUUUUCUCUCUCUCUCUCUCUCUCUCCCUCUUGCCAUCUCUAUUUCCCUGUACAUUCCGUUUUCCCGUUCCCGAUUCUGGCCGCUCGUCGUUUUCCGCCGUAUGAAAGCUUCGGCGCGGCGGUUCUGAGAGAGUUGCAUGCUGAGAGGACUUUUGUGAGAGAAGGGGGGCUCAAUCAUGGCUUCUUCGCAGCUCGUGGAAAUCCAACCCAAGGAACUGAAAUUUACGUUUGAACUGAAGAAGCAAAGCUCAUGUGCAGUCCGGCUUUUGAACAACACCUAUCACACUGUUGCGUUCAAGGUCAAAACUACUUCACCUAAGAAGUACUGCGUGCGUCCAAAUGUUGGAGUCCUGCUGCCCAAGUCUGUUUGUGAAUUCACAGUUACAAUGCAAGCUCAGAAGGUUGCCCCACCUGACUUGGUAUGCAAAGACAAGUUCUUAAUCCAAACCACAGUCGUCCCCAUUGGUACAUCUGAUGAGGACAUAACACCUCUCAUGUUCUCCAAAGAGAAUGGUGCCGAUAUCGAAGAAACCAAGCUGAAAGUCUUCCUUGUCAGCCAACUCAGCCCGUCUGAAUCACCAUUGUCUUCACCAGAUGACUCCCCCAAACAGAUACCCCAUUAUGUGGCUACAGUGCUUCCCGAGCCAGUCUUUACCAGCAUCGACACUUCUACUCAAGUCCACCCUUUAACAGAGGACUUGGAGUUCAGAAUGCUAGAACACGAGACCAGUUUGAAGCCUAAGAAGCUUGCUGCUGCUCUAGAAGACACUGAAGAGAUAAAGCCGGUCAACAUAAAAGGCUUAAUCCCUGUUAUUAAGGAAGAGCUCGAUAAUGAGGUGCAGUUGGAUAAGCCCAAAGUGGAAGAGGUAAAGCGAGAGUAUGAUAGUAAUGCUACUGAGAAAUCAAAGCCAGUGAUCAUUAAGGCUGAAGUUAAAGACGGGUACGAACAACCACCAGCAAAUUAUGCCGCCCCUGCCCAAAGCCUGCAACAAGAACCAGGAGCAAAGGACGCCAACUCCCUCCGCUCUCCUCCUCCUACGGCCGAUGUAAAGUUCGACACAGUGGAGAAAGCUGCAGUCGUGGAGCCACCACAGUUAUUAGUCAAUCAUGUCGACCCCAAGUUAGUCAACGAAAUCGAAGCAAUGAAGUCGAAAUUGGAUUCCUUGGAGCUCAAGUUUACCGAGGCUCAAUCGACGAUUUCGAAGCUGAUCGAGGAGAGGAAGUCCACGAAUCGGGAGAGGAAGACUUUACAAGAAGAGCUCUCGAUGUUGAAAGCUGGGAAGAUCGGUGUGCCAGCAGCUGCAGAAGCCGGGGUUCCUUUUCUGCACGUCGUGAUCGUCGCUCUAAUCAGUAUCCUCUUCGGGUAUCUUUUACGCGGUUAAAAAAAUGUUCCCCGGACGGUGAAAAUUCAGCAGGGCCCUCUCUUAGUAAAGGCUUAAAGUAGUAGAAAGUCCAGCUAUCCACCACCCAUUACAGGAAGGAAAAAAAAAGUUGUCGCGAGAGGUGAAAACAAAAUAUCUAGGAAACACAAAUUUUCUCUUCUUUGUUAUCUUGGCAUUUUUUCUUCCGUUUUUUUUGGCGGUGUAAUGGCAUGGUUUAGGAUUCUUGAUGUAUAUUGCAAUUUGCAAAACAGCACAGAUGAACAAAAAACUAAAGAACAUCUCGCGUUAGGUUAAACAUAUGAUCAUGGAAAAAUGGCCUGUGCAUUGUUCUAGAAGGUAUGGUCUGAUGGUGACAAAAAGAGAAAUGCCUCAUGGUCUUUUGCUAAGGGUGAACAAAUUUAUUCAAACACAAAUAGAAACCAAGGUUUUGUUUGGUGUA